CAGACGUCCGUCACGUUCACACCCUCCGCCUUUUGGGAACUUCCCAUCCAUUCCCAACUGACAACGCCUCUGUCUCGAGCUACCGGCACCCCAACGCUGGUCUGCAACAUCCAAGAUGGACCACGCUCCCUCCAACCCAGACCACAUGGCCAAUGCCGCCCUCGGCCAAGGCGUGGGCUAUGGCAUCGUCCUGGGCCUCGGAGGUGCCUUUGCGCUAGGCAUGAUUCUCGUGACCUAUAUCCUCAAGCGGUAUAACCGGGAAGUCCAGACGUCCGAAAUGUUCAACACGGCCGGCCGCACGGUCAAGUCAGGUCUAGUAGCAUCUGCGGUCGUCUCAUCAUGGACUUGGGCGGCCACGCUCCUCCAAAGCACCGGUGUCUGCUACCGUUACGGCGUCUCUGGCCCCUUCUGGUAUGCCUCGGGCGCCACCGUCCAGAUCCUGCUCUUUGCUACCCUGGCCAUCGAGCUCAAGAGGCGCGCGCCAAAUGCCCACACGUACCUCGAGAUCAUCAAGGCGCGAUAUGGCACCUUUGCCCACAUUGUGUUCCUCGUCUUUGGGCUGGUGACCAACAUCCUCGUGUCGCUCAUGCUGAUCGUCGGCGGCUCGGCCACGGUCAACGCUCUGACCGGCAUGCCCACCAUCGCUGCGAUCUACCUUCUUCCCGUUGGCGUCGUGGCUUACACCCUCGUCGGCGGUCUCAAGGCGACCAUCUUGACCGACUGGGCCCAUACCUUCAUCUUGCUCCUCAUCAUCAUCGUCUUUGCGCUCACCGCGUACGCCUCGCAUGACGUCUUGGGCUCCCCUAGUGCCGUCUAUGACCUGUUGGUCCAGGCUGCUACCCGGCAUCCCGUGGAAGGUAACAAGGAUGGCAGCUACCUCACGAUGCGAUCACGGGAGGGCGCCAUCUUCUUUGUCAUCAACAUUGUCGGCAACUUCGGCACCGUCUUCCUCGACAACGGGUACUACAACAAGGCCAUCGCCGCCUCUCCGGUGCACGCCCUUCCGGGCUACCUCAUCGGUGGCCUCUCGUGGUUCGCCAUCCCCUGGCUGACCGCCACCACCAUGGGCCUCACCGCGCUGGCAAUGGAGAACACGCCCUGGUUCCCCACCUAUCCCAACCGGAUGGCCGACGCCGACGUGAGCGCCGGCCUCGUACUCCCGUACGCCGCCGUCGCCCUGCUCGGCAAGGGCGGCGCCGUCGCGACCCUCCUCAUCGUCUUCAUGGCCGUCACGAGCGCGACCUCGAGCCAGCUGAUCGCCGUCAGCACCAUCUGCACCUACGACCUGUACCGCACCUACUUCAACCCGGCCGCCAGCGGCAGGAGGCUCAUCUACAUGAGCCACGCCGUCGUGGUCGGCUACGCCGUCUUCAUCGCCACCUUCUCCGUCGGCCUCUGGUACGCCGGCAUCUCGAUGGGGUACCUGUACCUCAUGAUGGGUGUCAUCAUCUCCUCUGCCGUGCUUCCCGCAACCCUGUCGCUGAUCUGGGCCGGCCAGAACAAGUGGGCAGCGUCCUUGUCUCCUAUCAUCGGCCUCGCUUGUGCUCUUAUUGCUUGGCUCGUCACUGCCAAGAAGGAGUGCGGCAACCUGGGCGUGGAAUGCACCGGCUCCAACAACCCGAUGCUGGCGGGCAAUGUUGCUGCCUUGCUAUCCCCGAUCGUUCUUGUGGCCGUCUUCACGCUCAUCUUCGGCAUCGACAACUACGACUGGAAAUCGAUGCUGGAGAUCCGGAGGGCCGACGACCACGAGCUGGCCAACGGUGCCGGGGUGGACCCGGAAGAGGUCCCCGGCGGACACGUCGAGACCCCGGCCGAGCAGGAGGAGGAGCGAAAGAAACUGGAGCGCGCCGGCAAGAUCAGCAAGACUGCCACCGUUAUCAUGACCCUGGCUUUCCUGGUCCUAUGGCCGAUGCCUAUGUACGGGUCAGGCUAUAUAUUCAGCAAGCGCUUCUUCACCGGCUGGGUCACGGUGGGAAUCAUCUGGAUUUUCUGCUCCUUCAUCGGCGUCGGCCUCUUCCCCGUCUUCGAGAGCCACAAGACGCUCGCCAGGACCGUCAGGAGCAUAUACUUCGACAUUACGGGGAUGUCUCACCCCAAGACGAUCCACGCACAGGUCAUGGAGGGGCAGAAUACCCCCGGUGAUGCCACUCCGACGGAGAAGUCUAUGGCAAAGGAAGCGACUCAACCAUCAUGAGAAUAACAGUGGGAAUAAUUAAGCGGUCUCUAUACGGGAAGACGGACGUUACGACGGAUUCGAGAUCGUCUCGAAAGAUUUAUCAGGUUAGAUCAGUUGUCAACACGAGUCUAUCGUUCCAC